CAUCCAUAAUGUCUGAGAGACGGACCGAGAGGAGCUAAGCGUGUAAAUAACCCCUCUAUAAAGCGUUAUAAGCGCUCAGAUCUGAUUCAUUCCGGCGCAGUUAGAUGUUAUAAGUGUUGUAGAGAGGAUGGCUGAAGGAGGAGAGGUUUUAGAGGGAGAUGAUGAGCCGCCCACCAUCAAUUAUCCUCUGAUCACAGUGUCUGAUCUGCCCAGCACUACAACAGCAGGUCGUAAUCUGAAGGAAUGGCUGCAGGAGCAGUUCUGUGAUAAACCGCUGGAACAGUGUGAGGACAUGCGCCUGCACAACGCCGCCUACGUGGGAGACCUGGAUACUAUCAGAACCUUGUUACAGGAGGACAGCUUCAAGCAUCGAAUUAAUGAGAAGUCGGUGUGGUGCUGUGGUUGGCUGCCCUGUACACCCCUGCGCAUUGCUGCCACUGCCGGACACGGUAACUGCGUGGACUUCCUGAUAGGCCAGGGGGCGGAGGUGGACCUGGUGGAUGUGAAAGGUCAGACGGCUCUGUACGUGGCUGUGGUUAACGGGCACCUGGACUGCGUUCGGAUCCUGCUGGAGGCCGGCGCUGACCCCAACGGCAGCAGGCACCACCGCAGCACGCCCUUAUACCACGCGGCCAGGGUGGGCAGGGUCGACAUCCUGCAGGAACUGAUCAGGUUCAACACUGAUGUGGACGUGGACCACCAGUUGGGACCGAGGCCCCUGUUAAGCGCCCGCACCCUGUCCACGCUGGUGGUGUGUCCACUGUACAUCAGCGCCGCCUAUCACCACCUGCAGUGUUUCCGGCUGCUCCUGGAGGCCGGGGCCAACCCCGACUACAACUACACCGGCCCCGUGAGCCGCGAGGCGCUGAACAAAGGCCUGGCCUCCUGCCUGCUGGACGCCGUGCUGAGACACGGGUGUGAGCCGGCCUUCACCAGACUGCUGCUGGAGCACGGUGCUGAACCACAGCUGGUACCGUGGGAGGAGCCUGACCCUGACACUAUGGGCAGAGUGAGGGUCAAUCCAGAGGCCUUACGCAUCUAUCAGGAGGCGCGGCGGUGUCCGAGGAGAUUGGCGCAUUUGUGCCGCAUAGCAAUCCGGCGGGCCAUGGGCAAACGACGCCUGAGACACAUUUCAAGCCUUCCACUGCCCGACGCCAUCAAAAACUUUCUGCUCCACAGAGACUUCUGUGCCAUCUUUUGAACGAAGUGUGUUACCCCCCCACGUCCUUAAGAUGUACGUGUACUUUUUAUGGGACGUGCUGCUGUUCGGUGGGAUGUAGAUAAUACCACACUAGGCUGCAGGUGACCUGUAAUGAGGGAAUUGAUCACAGGCAGCACAGACUAGCAGUUUCAGAGCCUGAACAUGUUGAUAAAUAAUUAGUUUACACUUUAAUGUACUUGCAGAAGCAUAAUUAAUAAAACCAUGCAGACGUACAGUUUUUAUUAGCAUCCUAGUUAAUCUUUUAGGCUCUUAACACCCUAAUAUGUUUUCUUUUAUAUUUACUUGCUUUAAAUAUGACAGUGUUGAUCCGUUAAGUUGAACUCCAGUGGAUGAAACUCGAAAACUGACCUUUUCAAAGCUCCUCCAUUGAGACGAACUGUUUGAUACGACAUGGUAAAGGGACGUACGAACAUGAACAAAACUUACCGUGACCUAUUGUAGUAAAACAGCGAGUGAGGAAUGUGAUUAGUGGAGGAACUUAUGAGCAGUAAUAAUGAAGAGAAGUUUAGUGCUCCUGUCUCCUUCUUUUACUACAUUAAACUAUCGAUAUAUAUUAUCACAUUCUCAAGUGCUCCAUAUUAAACAGAGUGCAGCACGUGUUUAUGGUGUUCCAUACACAAAGCAACGUGCUUCAACUUCUAGCAGAAAUAAAAUAGUUAGAUGUAGCCACGUCUCAUUAAGUCCAACGUACAGUAACGACAGAAUGAGCCCAGAUUCUAACCUCCACAUUCACUCAACACUUACUUCACAUUCUAAACCAUGUAAACACAGUGCUGAGUGUUGCAGCACAUUCACAUGAGAAGCUUUUUGUGCUUUGGCGGUCUAACUGAACUCGCUAAGAAAUACGCUAUUCCAAGAUCUCCACGAUUAAGAAGCGUAAUGAAACAAUAUAGACGUGCAGCAUGGCGCUGGUGCUGCUGUGGUACCAUCAAAGCUUUACACAGUGAACAAACCAGCUUUUAGUUUUGUGCCAGUUUUAAGUAUCACCAAACUUUGGAUGAUUUGGGUCUUGGAAAACUUUGAUCUUAUUUGAAAGCUCUACAAUUGUCCUCUGACGGCUGCAGACGGCGUUUAUUAAGACGGUGCUUAAUGCCGCCAACCGGUGACCGGACCAGAUACGACUGAGGUCCUGCACACAGCAGGUAAUGCUGAGGGAAUCAUACGAACGCUUAUAUGAAUGAAAAAGGAUCAUUUAUAAACAUAGUUUUAAAAACAAUUCAUUGACAUAAUAUUGACGCAGACAUCAAUAGCGUCAUCAACUAGCUCGACCAAUUGCGGCAGCCCUACAUUAAACCACGUUAAGCUUUAUUUUUAACGAUAAGCGUUUUAGACUCUUAAAAAAAUCAAUUCUCACAAUUUCUCAGAAGCUCGAGCUGUAACACAAGUUUAAAAGUGAAACAGGGAGGAGAAUCCAGAUAAACACAGAUACACGUGGAGCUGUAACCCUGGAUCUGACGCUUAUUCCACACUGAUGCAGAUUUAGCUCAGAUUCACACUUACACUCACUGUGGGCCAGUGAUAGCUCAAUGGUUAAGGUACUGGACUAGUAAACAGAACGUUCCCGGUUCAAGCCCCGCCACCACCAAGUUGCCACUGUUGGGUCCACUGUUGGGUCCCUGAGCAAGGCCCUUAACCCUCAGUUGCUCAUCGUGUAAGUCGCUUUGGAUAAAAGCUGAAAAUGUAAAUGUUUGUAGCACUUCCAAUAUGGGAACCACUGGUUUAGAGGAUGACAACUGGCAAAAUCUAAAUUAGGUUCUUAAAAAUAUUAAGUUUUAAAGUAUGCAUUUAACAAAAUAGUAGAUCUAAUGUGCGGUGCUCGUUUCAUACAUUAGAAAAAGUCACUGUGUGUCCUAAACCACGAGUGAUUCUCUGUGUUCUUAAAAUUUAAGUGUGUGAAGUGAAACGUUUAGAUAGAUUACACAUAAACCAAAGACAUCGUUUGUUAAAUGCUUUUUUUUAUUAACUUAAUUAUUUCCUUAUUGGCCAGAUUAUCAGACCAACAUGAGUCCUGAUUAUUGAUCAUAUUAUUGAAACUUAUUAAUGAUGACAGCACAGUGGGUAGCAAGAAGGGCCUGGGUUUGAUUACUUUCUGUGUGGAGUUUGCAUGUUCUCCAUGUGUCCCUGUGUCCAGUCAGGCCCAUUGGAGCUCCUAAAAACUGCCCUGUGUGUGUGUUUGUGUUUGCCCUGUGAUGGACUGGUGACCUUUCCUGGGUUUCUGUCUUUCUGCCCAAUGAAUCAGCCCACUGCAGCCCUGACCAGGAUACAUUGGUGGAUUUAAACCCAGAAGCACAUUUAGAUUUCUUUGUGGUCACUGUGGUGUAAACAUUACAGAUAAUCAGAGCUUCAUCAGAUGUGUUAUUGUUUAUGGACUGUAUAGACACUUUAGCCUUUGCCUUAAUCUAAAGUCUGAUGCCUGUAAUACUCGUUUGUGCUGUUAUAACUACUGGAACGAGGGGUAGAAUUUCUGUGUUUUGUUAGCAUGAGUGGGUAAAUCUAGCAUGCUGUACCGUACACUGUCUGUACUCAUUACAGUGGAGUAAAAACCUCUGUUACCGCGGUGUUUAAGCUAAUAAAGUGUAUGAGACUUUCACUCUGA